AUGUAUACUUACAAUAAGUUUGGGUCUCGGGCCUCUUCAUCGACAUCAAGCACAAACAACACCAUCUCCUCGAGCAACUAUGCUACUCGAACAUCUUCCAGAACAACUGAGACAAAUGAGAAGAAUAACUUAGUCAAAAUAAAAAAAGAAACUGUGGAUUAUUGCAACCAUUAUGUUCAUACUGGUGAGCCGGGAGUCAAAUUUAUUAGGAAUGUCAAAAACCCAUUAGAAGGAUACCCCAAAUUAGCAAAAUUGCAUCAUUUGAAACGUCUUCAAAUUAAAAAGCACACAUCUCAAGCUUAUGGUGUCAGAUGCACCACUGGUGAAAUAGUACCCACAUUAAAUCGAUGGAUAGAGAAUUACAAUAUCCGCUUUGAUGUCAUUAUGAUUGGUGCUCUAGUCGAGAAUCAAUUCAUUUUACCAAUAUUGAAUAGCAUUCCAAUUCAUCGGUUGUGCUCAAAACCCGGGUUUCUUUUCAUCUGGUCAACAACUCAGAAGAUUCAAGAAUUGACGAGACUAUUGAAUAAUGACAAUUUCAAUAAAAGAUUUAGGAGGUCAGAAGAGUUGAUCUUUUUGCCGAUAGAUGAUAAAUCACCAUAUUAUCCGCACGACUCUGGUGCUACAGAGGUAAUUCCAUUAUUUGAAAGACAACAAUGGCAUUGCUGGAUGUGUAUUACAGGUACUGUGAGAAGGUCCACAGAUAAUCAUUUGAUUCAUUGCAACAUUGAUACUGACUUGCAAAUUGAGUCUCCAAGUGACAAAACAAAGCAAAAGUCGACAUACAAUGCUGUUCCAGAAGCUAUAUACAGAGUUGCAGAAAACUUUUCCAACUCCAACAGGAGAUUACAUUUGGUCCCAUCCAAAUUGGGAUAUUCGACUCCUAUCAGAUUACGUGCUGGGUGGGUUAUUAUGGGACCUGAUGUCUUGAUCAAUAAUUUCGACCCAGUCAAAUACAAUGAGGAAUUGUACGCAAAAUCAAUGAUCAAAUACAAGCCUAAUAAUGGCAUUGCUGCUAAUACAAAUACAACAACUACCACUCAAUUCCUAGUCCCACAAACAAAUGAGAUCGAAGACUUGAGACCUAAAAGUCCAAUCAUCUCUACUAAGUAA